UUCCGUGCCUCACCCCGCGCCUCAGGCCGGGCCGGGCCCUUCCUCGCUGCCCCUCAUGGCGUCCGACAGCGACACCGAGGAGUUCUACGACGCCCCCGAGGACGUGGACGUGGCCCCCGGCGGCGCCUCGCCCGUGCCGUCACCGACAAAAGUUGGGUCCCAUAUAUUAAAGGAUACAGACAGCAAUAUACACAAAGUCGAAAAUGAUGUCUUAAUACAAGAAGUGAAACAAGAUGACUCUAAAGAGAUUAUUGACAGUAUUAUAGAAGAAAGCCAAAAGGUACAACAGCUAGAUGAUGAUCAUUUGGUUUCCAAAGGAAAAGAACUAAAUCAAACUUCAGAUACGAGCACUUGGAUUUCUGGAGCAGAUAUCCUUAGUAAUAUACCAGAACUAUUAGCUGCAAAAAAUGCAUUACAAGAAGAUACUCAAGAGCCUGUGAAUCAGAGCGAGUGUAAGGAAACUGAACUAGAAUCCGGGAAACUUUUGUUUUCUUCUGAUCAUCCCUUUGAGCAACAAGAAGGUAAAACCACUAAUAAACUAGCAGAAAUAAUAAACUCAGCUGAAGAACUUAAAAAUGCUGAAACAGAAACAACAGAAGAACUAUCUAAAAAUGAGGACAUAACUGAAGUAAAACAGACAGAUAUUUUAGAACAGGUGGCUUCAGAAUGCUUACCUACCAAAGAUCUUGCUACAACAGAAGAAUUGCCUCCAGCCAAACCCCGCAGGCAGCUUACUGUAGAACCUGACAUAGUUGCUAGCACGAAGAAACCAGUUCCAGCACGGCCCCCACCACCAGCAAGCGUUCCUCCUCCAAGACCACCGCCACCAGCACGGCCUGCUCCACCCCCACGGAAGAAAAAGAGUGAACUGGACUUUGAGGUGCAAAAAUCAUCUGGAUUAGAUGUUUCUAGAGAGAAUUUUACAACUGGUGGUCUGUUAGCUCCAAGUACAGGGGCAGAGUGCAUGACCAAAGAUUCCCAGCCUUCUUUGGAUCUGGCAAGUGCAACUAGUGGAGAUAAAAUAGUUACUGCACAGGAAAAUGGGAAAGCAGGCGAUGGAGAAACAAUUACAAAUGAAGUGCUUGGACCACAGCGACCCAGAUCUAAUUCGGGAAGAGAACUUACGGACGAGGAAAUUCUAGCCAGUGUAAUGAUAAAGAACCUUGAUACAGGUGAAGAAAUACCUUUGAGCUUGGCAGAAGAAAAGUUGCCCACAGGCAUUAAUCCCCUGACUUUACAUAUCAUGAGGAGAACUAAGGAAUAUGUCAGUAAUGAUGCCGCACAAUCUGAUGACGAGGAUAAAAUGCAAGCACAGCAAACUGACACUGAUGGAGGAAGGUUGAAGCAAAAAACGACUCAGCUGAAAAAGUUCUUGGGCAAAUCAGUGAAAAGGGCAAAACAUCUUGCUGAAGAAUAUGGUGAACGUGCUGUAAAUAAAGUUAAAAGUGUUCGAGAUGAAGUUUUCCAUACUGAUCAAGAUGAUCCCUCUUCAAGUGAUGAUGAAGGAAUGCCAUACACAAGACCUGUUAAAUUCAAAGCAGCACAUGGCUUCAAGGGUCCUUACGAUUUUGAACAAAUAAAAGUAGUUCAGGAUCUCAGUGGGGAACAUAUGGGUGCUGUUUGGACAAUGAAAUUUUCUCACUGUGGCCGAUUACUUGCAUCAGGAGGGCAGGAUAAUGUAGUGAGAAUAUGGGUUUUAAAAAACGCUUUUGAUUAUUUCAACAACAUGCGAAUGAAAUACAAUACAGAAGGUCGUGUGUCCCCCUCUCCAUCCCAAGAGAGCCUGAAUUCUUCAAAGUCUGAUACUGAUGCAGGGGUUUGCAGCGGAACUGAUGAAGAUCCUGAUGAUAAAAAUGCACCCUUUAGGCAGCGGCCGUUUUGCAAAUACAAAGGACAUACAGCAGAUCUACUGGAUCUCUCAUGGUCUAAGAAUUACUUCUUGCUUUCCUCUUCCAUGGACAAAACAGUCAGAUUAUGGCACAUAUCCAGAAGAGAAUGUCUCUGCUGCUUCCAGCACAUAGACUUUGUCACUGCGAUAGCUUUCCAUCCAAGAGAUGAUCGGUACUUCCUAAGUGGCUCGCUGGAUGGGAAACUCCGACUUUGGAACAUUCCUGACAAAAAAGUGGCAUUAUGGAACGAAGUGGAUGGGCAGACAAAAUUAAUCACGGCUGCAAACUUCUGUCAGAACGGCAAAUAUGCAGUGAUUGGCACAUACGAUGGUAGAUGCAUCUUCUAUGACACAGAGCACUUGAAGUACCAUACACAGAUACAUGUGCGUUCUACCAGAGGACGGAACAGAGUUGGAAGAAAAAUUACUGGGAUUGAACCCUUGCCUGGAGAAAAUAAGAUACUAGUGACCUCAAAUGAUUCCAGGAUCAGACUCUACGAUUUAAGAGAUUUGUCCUUAUCUAUGAAAUACAAAGGCUAUGUCAAUAGCAGCAGCCAAAUCAAAGCCAGUUUCAGGUACUCUCUCUUCCUUUUAGCGCUAUACUUUAGGCCAAGACCAUGACAGAGGCCGUUCUUGAGAAAAGGGCAGUCUCGGGUCUGUGCUCAACUUGAAAGCUACUCUGGCAUCCAUUUUUGUCUUGUGCUCAGCUGCUCAAGAAGGAGUGUAGCAAAACUCCACAUCUUGGUUGCCAGCCGCCAUUCUGCAGUCAGCUGUUGGAGAGCUGAUGGUGAGUGGGGAUGACCAGAGCUGGGACAUUCCUACGUACAAGCCUGUAGACUACAUUCAUGACGUUUAAAUAGCAAACCUAUUUAAAGUCCCAGGACCAGCAGGAUUGCCCCAGAAGCACUCCGACUGGGGGCUGCAUAGGCUACCUUGACACAGCCUGCUUUGCGUAUGCAUUACCUGUCAUCCGCCGCUUACUGUUUCUUCAAAGCCUGUAGUUCUUGCAGCUUGUCAUACCCGCAUCUUGUGCUUCUAGGUCCCAUGUCAAAACCAACUGUAAAAUGCGCACCUUUAUCACUGCACGCCUCCCUAGAUCCUCAUUUCAGGUUGUCGGCAGCACAGAAAAGUACUUGUUUUUUGUACAAGUCGCUUGCUUGCAGUUUGGAGGGGGAUCCCUAAUAAACUGGAGAAUGUGCUCUAUAGUAUCGGUAGCGGCAGGAGUGUGACUUCUGUGCAACAUCACCAAGUUGGGUUUCUGCAACUGCCAUUGUCAGUUGUUGGGGGCGCACCUUUUCAGAAAAGGGUGGCAAGACCUGUGCGUGCACACUACAUGAAUUGGCUGGUGGUUGUGUGAGACCCGGGGUUUCCACUGUAUCAGGCAGGUGUGCUGCCACUUGAAGCACUGGGACGACUCAGCGUCACUUAUUUUUCCGCGAUUGCUGAUGUUCAUUCCUUGCUGCUCUGUUGCCCGAGUUCUUUUUUAGAUUCAGAUGCAAUCAUUACAUCUCUCCAGUAGCUAAUGUGUAUGUGGUGUUGAGGGGGUUUUUUUUUUUCAUUAACCAUUUUUCUCAGGGUAUCGGAAUCAUUUCUGAUUUCUGCACUUAAUAUGCUAAACAGCAGGGCAUGCUUUUUUCUGCACUUUCGUGUCCCUUUAAGAAAAGCGAUGCUGUGCUGGGAAGUUGGCUAAAAAUUAAGGUAGAAUUCUCCCCUUGUAU